UUUAGAAAGAUGGAGAAGAUUAUGUGUUUGUGGUGGUUGCCCAUUCAUCACUUUUUUCAUUGUAAAAUGUUCGUUUUCAGUCGGAUCAACACGACGAAAUUCUGGUCGUCCAUCCUCUUAUUGGUAUUGGUUUCUCAGGCCUGUCAGGGAGAUUUCUCGAUCUUUUUAGACGAUGUAGAAAAUGAAAUUAACAAGUUGUCGGCGAAAACACUGUCACUGCAUCGAGGCGUGUGCAAUGAGCUGUCAUUGGACUGCACUUCCGUGUUUGAAAAGAAUAGUUUCGCUUGUAGCACCGAUGAAAUAGAAGGGGAAGGAUCAUAUUGCUCAUCAGAGCAGGGAACGGCGUAUUAUACCUCUGAACCUGGCUGUUCGCAGUGUAAAAACAGGCGUUUAAAUCAAGCCCAUUCUUUAGUUCGGACGGCGAGCAGUCGCUGUACAUGUCAGGACAUGAUGAAUGCUGAUAUGUGCUGGACAAAAGGUGUGGAAGAUGACCUAAAAACCACAAAUCUCUCUGGGUUACUAUGGCAACAGAUUGCUACCACUAAUGGAUUUACCAGACUUUAUCCCGGUUCUGCUCAAGAAGAAUGUUACAGCUAUGAUCCACGGCUACGUGCUUGGUUUGUUGCCGCGUCUGCAGGUCCCAAGGAUGUGGUCGUUCUGAUUGAUUCUAGUGCAUCUAUGAGUCUGGUACCUAGCAGCAGACAAGCAAGUAAUCUAUCUCUUAUGCAGCUAGCCAAACAAGCUGUCAGCCACGUACUCAGCACUCUCACAUUUGUUGAUUACGUAGCUGUGGCCAAAUUUUCAACCGAAUCUGAGCAAGUUACAGUGGAUGAGGUCUACACAUUAAUCCAAGCAACUCGGGACAACGUCAACGCUCUCAUUGAAGAAGUGAACAAGAUUCAACCUGAAGGUCACACCAACUUUGAGCAAGCCUUUAGACUUGCCUUCCGAGUGCUGGAACGGUCAGCUAGCGUUGGUCGCACCACGGCAUGUAAUAAGGCUAUCUUGUUUAUGACUGAUGGAUCACCAACCAGAGGAGAGGAUGACCCAACUACGCUUGCUGAGAUUGUUGAUGGCUUAAAUACAAGAUCGGAUGGAACCAAGAUUGCUAGUAUCUUCACCUACUCCAUCAGUGAAGUAGCUGAGACAGAGAUCUCCAAGCAUAUUGCUUGCAGUGCCCAUGGUUUGUGGUCCCAAGUAGAGACAGACACCGCAGCUAGUCUGCAAGAGCAGCUCAGCCAGUACUAUGAAUACUUCAGUACACUACACAAAGGGCCCAGCGGUAUCAUAUGGACUGAGCCCUAUCUAGAUGCCUUCGGUGCUGAUAUGGUCGUGACUGGGGCUAAGGCCGUGUAUGAGAGCUCUGAUGCAAGCCAGAGCAAGUUAGUCGCAGUAGUGGCUAUGGAUAUCUCCUAUGCAUACAUACAGAAGUUGGAGAGCAAUAAAGCAGCCAUGAUGACGGAACUACAGAGACGUCAGGCAUUCUGCCCCAAUAUCGCUAUGUACUCGAACUGUGAAUUGGAGGUGUUGAGGCAAAAGGUGUAUGCUGGGGGCUCAGUCAGCUAUGAGAGGAAUCCUGAUAAGAUCUGUGACGCUAGCAAUAUUUGUCCACUACCCAAUGACACGGCCUGUCCCAAUAGAGCAUUCCGCUACGAUAAAUGCACACAGCAUAGUCAAGCUACUCUAGAUUAUAAGGAAGCAGCUUGCUGUGGUCAGUUUCUGCCCUGUCAAUCCUCCAAUGUUCCUUCCGUUACCAUGUCACCGAUCCUGAAUGCUGCCCUCACACUGCUCCUAGCAAUCAUUGUCUGCGGCCUCUUAUGAUAGACAUGCGGGUUCCAAUAGUAAGCACAAUUCCAAACUACAAUUUUGUAUGAAAUACUUGUCGAGGCAUUUUCAACAUUUCCUGUGUCAAGCAAACAGUAUUGUAGCAUUGGCCGCAUUUUUUUGUAACUGAAGUUAAGCUGUUGAUGUCCUGUAAAAUCACAGUGAUCUGGUUGAGUCAUGACGGUUGUGAGUGAGGGUAGAAAGUAAAAUUUGUCAGGUGGCUUAUGGGUGGAAUCGUGACCGACUGGUCCAAAAGCACCAAACUUGGCAGUUAGAUUCUUAUAGCCCUGGAGAAGAUAUUUAGAAGGCGUAACACAUGAAAUUUG